AUGCCUGGAGCGACUCUGCUCACCCAACAACUCAACAACUUCAUCCGCUCCUUGCGGGAGCAGGGAAUACUGGACUUCCACUUUGAAGAACUGAAAGAGUUAGAAAGCGAUACUCCUUGCUUAGUUGUGGAAGCAAUAACCAUGUUCCUUCGCGACGCUGACUUUUCUAUAGCAGAACUUCUAAGAAUUCUGGGUGCACCUCUUAUCAACUACACUAGAGUGACAGAAAUUGCCUUCCAGCUCAAAGGAAGUAGCUCAAGUGUUGGUGGUUGCCGGAUGGCCCAAGCCUGUUGUGAGCUUCGAGAUGCAAGUGAAGCAUAUUCCAAAGAAAGGUCCCUUUCAGGCUUUGACAGGGUCAGACGUGAGUAUCUUGUCUUGCGGGAGAAUCUGAAUCAAAUUCUUCAGAUGGAACAUGCAAUUAACGUGUUUGAGCCCAGAAGGAGCCGUCAGUAG